AAAUGAAAAAGUCUCUGCCUCAGUCCCACCAGCUUGCAGCCCCGUGGCGAGUUGAGUGAGACAUGCUACCAAAACCGGUGACGCUAUGCUGGACUGGCGUGUGGUGUGUUAUCAGCGAUCCCAUUUCUGGCCAAGACCCGUAAAAAAUAUCCCAGUCUUUCUCCAGUUUAGUCCACGCAGCCAACAGGGUGUCGAUUUCAGAGGAAACGGCCCAAGUGUGACGCUGACUGGCCAUGUUUCUGGCAAUUCCGGCCAGUGCAAAGGACCUGCAUUGGGCUCCAGCUUGGUUGGUUAUGGACAAUCAGCCCGGACGCAGGAUACGCUUUGGCCAGCACAGCGUGACGUCGAGGGGGACUUGAAGGGGGAGUUUUCCAUUUGGAUGAUAGGAUGGUUGUUGAUUAGCUUGGGGGCGGUGGUGGUGGUGGUGGUUCCCUUUUUCCCCCCCUUCUUUGUUGCACUGUCAGCGCACGUUACUUUUGUUAAUGCCUACCUACCCCCAUGUCAUUUAGCCAAAACCAGUUGCAAAUAAUGAUGAACCCAGCAUGACAGGCUGUUUGUUUCAGGGUUCAGGGCUUCCAUUGUGUGUAGAGGGCUGCAAGUGAGACAUCAUUGGAUGUAUCGAUGUAGGAUGUAGGAUGGCAGGAACAACGUGACAGAUCAGCUGACCGACUACAGUAUAUGUCAUGUGUCUUCAUACACACAUCCCACUUCACAACUUAUCUCAGUAGAAUCAGCUAUCCCAAACAUCAUCCCUUGUCCUUUUCCUACUCCCAAGGUAGAGAAUAAGGCCCCAACGUG